CUAUAUAAUGAUGGAUAGAAGCUGGUUUUUGUUUCUUUUCCUUUCGGAUGUCCCACUUUAUUUUCUCUGAGUUUUAAUUCACGAACACAGGUUGGACACCAUUUAAAUUCUUCAUUCUCCCAUACUUUUUUUUCUCUGUCAAAAGUCACGUGAGCAAUAAUCCAUACCUUCCUUUUAACUCUGAUAAGAGAAAAAUGGUCCGAGGGGACUCACGAGAGUGCAUUGCAGUUCUUGUAAAGUUUUGAGUGCUAUACUAAAUGAUUGACGACGUUGUGUUUGCAGCUUAUUAAUCCUGAUGUGGAGAUAAGGAUGGUGGAGAACACUCCUGAUGAUCCACGACAGAGGAAGCCUGACAUCACAAAGGCAAAAGAAUUGCUAGGUUGGGAGCCAAAAGUCAAGUUGCGGGAUGGUCUUCCCCUUAUGGAGGAGGACUUCCGAUUAAGGCUUGGAGUCUCCAAAAAAGCGUGAACUGAAACUUACAUUAGUUCUGGGGUGAUAUAGAGUGGUCAUGGUGGGGAGGUGUCAUAAAAGACAACAACCAUCUGUGUUUUUUUAGGUCCUCAGUUUCAGAUUGUAUCUUGUCUUCUAUCUCAUUAUUUUCCUAAUCAUGUCACAGAAAAUAAAAAGAAUCAUGGAUU